AUGCCUCUUUUCAGCCAAAUCUCCUUGUUAUUCCUAUUGACCGGCAGCGAGGCAUUGACGCAACGGUACGAUGCCGACAGCAUCUUAACGUCACAAGAAUGUUGCGACGCCAUCCGUACCGAAUUUGCCUCCAUCGUCCAUGGUCCAGCGAGCAAUGACUACAGCGACAGACUCUCUACCUAUUACUCUCAACAGCAGCAUGACUACUCCCCCGCUUGCUACGUCAAACCCAAGUCUACCGAGGAUAUUUCCAAGAUCCUCAAAAUCGCGGCAUCACACCACUGCCAAUUUGCUGUUGCCUCCGGAGGGCACAUGGCGUGGGCGGAGGCGUCGAAUACCGAUGAUGGCUUCGUCUUCGACUUGAGAGAUAUGAACAGGAUCUAUAUAUCAGUGGAACGCCAGACUGUGUCCCUGGGGCCAGGAUCUAAGUGGAUUAGUGUAUACAAGGCCAUGGAUGCCCACAAUCUCACUGUUCCUGGGGCACGAAUGAGCGACGUCGGUGUUGGCGGGUUUCUGGCUGGAGGUGGUUAUCCAUUUACAUCUAAAACUCCGGGAUUUGGUGCCAACAGCGUCUUCAACUACGAAGUUGUGCUCUCUGACGGAACCAUCGUGGAGGCCAAUGCAGAUUCGCACUCGGAUCUAUUCUGGGCCCUCAAGCUCGCUGGCACCAACUAUGGUAUAAUCACUCGCUUCGAUAUGAAUGCAGACGCUUCAACAGAAAUUUGGGGAGCAGUCGGACUUUAUCCGUCCACAGAACAAACGAGAACCGAAAUAUUCCCUGCUUACGAAGAGUAUUCCCACAGAAAUGAUAACACUGACCUCUUCAUAUCGGUAGGCCACCUUAAAGCCAUGGGUCGACCAGAGAAACCCAUGUCACCUGUUGAGCCUGUCAUCUACAACGAAAAAACUGGCCAGAGAAAUGAAGUCAUCCACGACCCCAUAGACUCGCUGCUCCAGACACCAUCUCGCACAGCCUGGUUCACUUUGACGAUCAAAGUCAGCACGAAGUUGUUUCUUGACUUUGGCAAAAAGGCAGCCGAUGUAUUUGCACUGCUUGAAGAUGCACCGGGAUUUUCAACGAUGCUGGGCUUCCAGCCAUUUCCGAAAAAAUUUAUAGAGGGAAAUCGCGGGUCUCCAGUAUACAACACUAUGAAGGAAUCUGACGAGGACCUAACACGUGAACUGGUGCAAAAGGAGGCUCGUAAUCUCGAUCUACUAGUCAAUUUCACCUACCUCAACUACGCCAACAAGGAUCAGCCUGUGUACGAACAGUCUCUAACGCCAGAAGAUUUGGCUAGGAUGCUCAGGAUAAGGGACAAAUACGACCCAUCAGCUAUAUUUAGAACACUAUGGAAAGGUGGAUACAAGCUGCCGGAAACACCCACAGCACGGGAUGAGCUAUGA